AACCGAGCCUUGCGCGCUCUCUCUGCAUUCCAUCCCUCUCUUGUCUCAGAUCCUUGUCUGCAGCAUCGACUUCGCCUUCUGCGCAGGCGCAGCUCUAUGCUCACCCUGUGACGGAAGCUCUGUCCCGGGUCUGUCUUGCUUCAUGUGGGUGGGUACCCGGAUGCAGAUGCUAACUACUCUCCUGCCAGGCGGAGUGAUACAGACGAGAGGGGGUUUGAGGUGCAUGCGCGGUUAUUGCGUUCCCCUUUCUCUCGAGCUCAGACGUCUUGCCUGGUCGCUGUGCCCUGAGUCCAGGCGGGGCUGAAGGGGAGGGGCCUGGGUUGAGCCCACCCCACUCCCCCUGGGGAGAUCCACAGCCUGAUCAAUGAUCCUUCAACAGUGGGGUUUUUAUCCUGACAGUGUGACAGCAACUUUAAUGGUUCACAGGUGGAGGCCAAUAGUAAGGUGGUUAUGUCAGCUGAAGCCACGGCAGACCAGGUCCCACCCCUGGAGAAUUGUGCCCCACUUGUCCCAACUCAGCAGCGACGGGAUGGUGGCGGAGGGGUAGCUGGUGUGACCUUUGAUCUUAAACCCCUGAACCCCAGCAGCAAGUAUGUCAAGCUGAAUGUGGGAGGGUCCCUGCAUUACACCACGGUGCAAACCCUCACCAAACAAGACACCAUGCUCAAGGCUAUGUUCAGUGGUAGAAUGGAGGUGCUCACAGACAGCGAAGGUUGGAUCUUGAUUGACCGAAGCGGGCGCCAUUUUGGGACCAUUCUGAACUACUUGCGUGAUGGCUCUGUGUCCCUCCCUGAAUCCCAGCGGGAGCUAGAGGAGGUGCUGUCCGAGGCUCGGUACUACCUGAUCCAAGGCUUGGUUGAAGACUGUCAGCUUGCACUGCAGCAAAAGAGCGAAGCCUACGACCCCCUCUGCCACAUCCCCAUGGUGACAUCUCCCAAGGAGGAGCAGCAGAUCAUCUCAAGCUGUUCCAAGCCUGUGGUGAAAUUGCUGCAUAACAGAAGUAAUAACAAGUAUUCAUAUACAAGUAACUCUGAUGACAACUUACUGAAGAAUAUUGAACUAUUUGACAAAUUAGCUUUGCGGUUCAAUGGACGGGUACUCUUCAUCAAAGAUGUCCUCGGGGAUGAGAUCUGCUGCUGGUCGUUUUAUGGACAGGGCCGCAAAAUUGCUGAAGUCUGUUGUACCUCCAUUGUAUAUGCCACUGAGAAAAAGCAGACCAAGGUGGAGUUCCCAGAGGCGCGGAUCUUUGAGGAAACCCUGAACAUCCUAAUCUAUGAGACACCACGAGUGCCAGACAAGGCCCUCCUGGAGGCAACAGGUGGGGUGGCAGGUGGGGGUGGAGGUCCUCUCCGUGCAGGUGAUGAUGAAGAUGGUCGUGAGCACCGUGUCCGACGUAUUCAUGUCCGUAGGCACAUCAUGCAUGAUGAACGUCCUCACGGCCACCAAGCUGUUUUCAAAGACUGAUCUUGUCCCACUGUCCUUAUUAUUCCAUCUAUUUAGUGCCAAAGGAGGACCUGUUUUCUCCUUUUGACCUUUCACCCCAAGGUCUUCUCGUUGGUGUUUGCAUCCUUUUUUAAGCUAUCUCUCCUUUGGGGCUGCUUUGCUGCCUUCUCACUAUUCCUUGACUUCAUAAGCCCACGUUUUAUUGUGAUAAUUGACACCUUGGUCCAUCCCUUCAUUUUACUGGCAUGCUGUUUCCAGCUGUUGAUUUCCCUUAAUGUUUGAGUCUUAAUCUUCAAAACCUGACCUUCCACUACCCACCCUUGGUCUCCACCUGCCUCAUAAUCUUCAAGACACCACUGAAACAUAGGUUGUGGUCCUUUCUUUAUAACCUCUUGACCCAGAACCUUCCCAUCCUGAGACCACCUGAUUCUUAACUGUUUUCUAAACUAAGGAUCCAUGGAACAGCAGCAUUAAUACCAAGAUAGCUGUACGUAAGCAAACUGUAUGACUUGGGAGGAGCUUACAUUCCCCCUCAACCGAAUACUGGGCCUUUGGUGAUUUCCAUUUUGGAACACUGUUAUUGACCUUUUUCAGAGGUCGAGGACAAGGUGCUACCUAGAUAGGUGUGUAAAAUAUAAUUACACACACAACUCUAAUAUCUCUGUUCUGGAGUCUCCUGGAUUCUUUGACUUCUGUGUUUUACCUCAUAGUAGAUCUUGUUUUUAACUCCCACACACACACCUGGCCCUUUCUUUCUGUUCACCUGGUUUUAACUUUGCUGUGUGGAAGAAACUGCCCAGAUUUAAGAUAAGGCAGAAAUUAUUCAGACAGAACUGUGGCUACACUGUUUUCAUGUUAUUGGAAUAACAAGGAUUGUAAAACGUAUUCUAUUUGUGAUUUUUUUUUCUGGAUUAUUUUAAACUAGAUUUAGUCUCCUGUGAGCAAAGGAGACUAAAUCCAGUUUUAAUUAUCCAUAAAGAAUUUUCAUGCAGACAAACUAGUGCAUUUAACCUAUGCAUUAGAGCAGGGGGUAACAUCCCUGAAACUGGGUCCCUUGCCUAUUGUCCUGGUGAGGAAGUUGUUGAUCAGAUAACAGGUGCUAUUCCCCCCUCCGCGUCAAAACAAUAGUUUGACAGUCUUCUUAAGUGUUGUUGCCUGACUCCAUCUGAACUCUUCCAUCCCACUUACUCAAAAUACAAGGUAGCACUGCUUCAAAAUUAUGUAAUGCUUUAGUCCUGCAAUUUCUAGGCAUCUACACAUUACCUAACAGAACAUAGUCAAAGGACUCUUCUCAGACAUAAUUCAGUGCAAGAUUUAGGUACAGAAGUCUAAAUUCCCUAUUUGUCUCCAUCUUCCAACAGACAAUUUGAGUACUUUCAUCUCAUGCCCCCAGAAUGUUUUCACUCCCCUUUGCUUUCUAUAGGGUAGGGGUAGGAGACCUGUGACCCUCCAGAUUACAUUGUCCUCCCAUCAGCCUCAGCCAGCAUAGCAGUGGUCAGGUUUGAUGAGACUUGUAGUCCAUCAACAUCUGGAGGACUACAGCUUCUCUCUCCACCAUAGGGAAUAUGGGACAUUCCAGCAGCCCUUUAAGCCAAUUGUUUGAUGGAACAGGGUUUGGAUAUCCUUAAUGAUUGUGGGCAGAGGAGUUGAGAUUGCAUUCUGUAAAAUGCAGACUGGUGAAGGUAGUUUUACUGGGGAGGUGUUCUUUUCCUCCAACCCUCUUUUUCCCCUGUAUAUCCUCCCCUCCCUGGAGGAGGUAACUUUCUCGAAUUAAUUAUUGUAAUUUUUUCUAUUUGUAUAAUUUAUUUUAAAAAUGUUUUUUUUCUAUUAAAUUAUUGUAAUAAAAGUUAUUGCUUAAAAAAUAAAUUUGGGGUAAUUUCCUGUU